AUGACUGGUAACAUUCGGUACUCUCUCCUACCGCGUAACAAAUCCUUUGUAGAGAUCACUUGUUACGUAGAGGAGAGUGCCGAGUGCCAUUUGACUUUUGUUACCGUUACAAGGAAGACUUCGCUUGUAAGCAACGUCAGACUUUUCGUUGCAAGUCUUGAAACCGUCUUUUCUCCCCCCCCCUUACUCGUCGGUCCUUAUUUAUUUCAUAUACGUUUUCCUUUUUUUAUUCUUUCUUUCACUUAUAGUUUUUUUUUCUUCUAUAUCCUUGUUUUUAUUUUCACGUCUUCCCUAGCUUUCUCUUUUUUUCCUCGUCUUUUUCUUUUCUCUUUUUUCUCGUGUUUAUUUCCUUUCUUUCUUUCCUCGUUUUUUUUCUCAUCCUUCACAUGCCCCUUUUCCUUUCUUUCUUUACUCGUCUUUUUCCUCUCUUUCUUUACUCGUCUUUUUCCUCUCUUUCUUUACUCGUCUUCUUUUUCCUCUCUCUCUUUACUCGUCUUCUUUUUCCUCUCUCUCUCUCUUUACUCGUCUUCUUUUUCCUCUCUCUCUCUCUUUUAUAUCGUCUUUUUUCCUCUCUCUCUCUCUUUUUACUCGUCUUCUUUUUCUCUCUCUCUCUCUUUACUCGUCUUCUUUUCCUCUCUCUCUCUCUCUUUACUCGUCUUCUUUUUCCUCUCUCUCUCUCUUUACUCGUCUUCUUUUUUUCCUCUCUCUCUCUCUCUCUUUACUCGUCUUCUUUUUCCUCUCUCUCUCUCUCUUUACUCGUCUUCUUUUUCCUCUCUCUCUCUCUCUUUACUCGUCUUCUUUUUCCUCUCUCUCUCUUCUUUACUCGUCUUCUUUUUCCUCUCUCUCUCUCUUUACUCGUCUUCUUUUUCCUCUCUCUCUCUCUUUACUCGUCUUCUUUUUCCUCUCUCUUUCUGCUCUUCGUCUCUUUUUUCACUUUCAAGAAACAUGUGA